AUGUCGUUUGUGGGUGUCUGUCUACGUGCUGCAUUGUCUUUGUGGGUGUCUGUCGUCUACGUGGCUGCAUUGUCUUUGAUCCAUGGUGUAUAUCGGGCGUCAUAUUAUUGGGUGCAAAUGUCUGUACAGGUGCCCAUCUUAUGUGAGGUCCAUUUCAGUGUGGGGUUCAUGUCAGUGUGCGAUGAUCAGCUCCAGCCUACCCACAGCUCCCACCUCUCCCACAGCUACCAACCUAUCGUCCACCUCAACUCCCCACAGCCUCCCACCUCUACCCAACAGCUCCACCUAUUCUCCACCGCAACCUCCCACAGCCAUACCACCAUUCCACAAGCUGCACCUUCGGUCCACGCAACCUCCCCACAGCUGCCACCACUCCCACAGCCUUCACCUUCGUCCGACCCCCCCCCCCCGCAACCUCCCCGAACAGCUCCACCGACGUCCCACAGCCCACCUUCGUUCCACCUCAACCUCUCCCACCAGCUCACCUCUCCCCACAGUCUUCCACCUUCGUCCACGCAACCUCCCACAGCUCCAACUCUACCACAGGCUCACACCACUUGCCAACACCCCGUCGCCUCACGCAAGGCCCAUAUAGUCACUCACUCUACAGAACGCCGUAUACCCGUUCAGCCUUCAGUCCACCAGCAACCUCCCCACAGCGUCCCACCACUCCAACAGCUCCACCUUUCGUCCACGCAACCUCCACAGCUCCACCUCUCCACAGCUUCCACAUCUCCCACAGCUCCAACCUUCGUCCACCUCAACCUCCCCACACCACUCCCACGCCUCCACCAGCUCCCACAGGCUCCCACCUCCACCUCUCCCACAGCUCCACCUUCGUCCACCUCAGCCUCCCCACAGCUCCACCACUCCCACAGCUCCACCUUCGUCCACCGCAACCUCCCCACAGCUCCACCACUCCCACAGCUCCACCUUCGUCCACCGCAACCUCCCACAGCUCCACCUCUCCCACAGCUCCACCUCCCCACAGCUCCACCACUCCACAGCUCACCCUCUCCCACAGCUCCACCAACUCCCACAGCUUACUUUCCACCUUCCCUCACCUUCCUCCCCACAGCUCCCACACCACAGCCUCCCCACCUUCGUCCACCUCACCUGUCCACCUCAGCCUCCCCACAGCUUCCACACCACUCCCAACCAAGCUUACACCUUCCACCGUCCACCUCAGCCACCUUCCCCACAGCUCCACCACUCCACCACUCCACAGCUCCACCUUCGUCACCUCCACCUCCCCACAGCUCCACCACUCCCACAGCUCCACCUUCGUCCACCGCAACCUCCCCACAGCUCCACCUCUCCCACAGCCCCACCUCUCCCACAGCUCCACCUUCGUCCACCUCAACCUCCCCACAGCUCCACCACUCCCACAGCUCCACCUUCUCCACCGCACCUCCCCACAGCUCCACCUCUCCCACAGCUCCACUUCGUCCACCCACCUCCCCACAGCUCCACCACUCCCCACAGCUCCACCUUCGAUCCACCGCAACCUCCCCACAGCUCCACCACUCCCACAGCUACACCUUCGUCCACCGCAACCUCCCCACAGCUCCACCUCUCCCACAGCCCCACCUCUCCCACAGCUCCACCUUCGUCCACCUCAACCUCCCCACAGCUCCACCCACUCCCACAGCUCCACCUUCGUCCACCGCAACCUCCCCACAGCUCCACCACUCCCACAGCUUCACCUUCGUCCACCUCAGCCUCCCCACAGCUCCACCACUCCCACAGCUCCUCAAACCCCACAGCGCCUUAAAAACUCCCCCCCCCCCCGCCCCCCUGCUCCCACUCCCAGUUUCCAAAACGCAUUCGAAGCGACUUCCUUUCCCGCCGCGCGACGCCCGACGUCCGACGAUCGCUCCCGCCCAUCCUCUCGCCGGGCCGUGA